UCGGAGAUGAUGAUGGUGACAGAGAAAGAAGGGUGGUGGGUUAGUAUGAGCUUGGCAAGUUCUACCAUGGAAACAAGAUGGCCUCUUCCCUGCGAGGGAUACAAAAGGAUUGUGUCCUCCAUUUCCUUCAGUAGUAUGCCUUCACGUAUACGCCCAAUUGAUGCUUCGAUUUCUCUUACGCUUUGAUUUGUUCACCACACCAGUACAUAUAAUGUAAUUUGUAAUUGAUUUGAGUUCGUUGUUUUUUUUGUUUUUAUUUAACUAAUCUCCUACCAAAGCAACAAUAAAUUCAAUUAAUUUAA